AUGCUUCUUCUGUCAUUGUUUACGCUACUCUGUUAUGCUUUCAAAGCGGAUGCUCAGCUAUUUCUUCCAAGGAUAAGUUUCGUCGAGUAUUUCCCGUCUUCACUUUCAUUCAAACCAUUUUCAACUGGAUUUCCAAAUUUGUUCCCUGAACUCCCGACGUUCAUGACAGAUUUCUUCAAACCUGGAUGGGGAAGGGAUUUAGAAGAAAAGAUCAAGGCAGCCUUCAAAAACGCAUUGCUAGUCACUGACAUUGAGUCUGCGAAUGGCACGACGACGAUCACACUGUCUAUCGGAGGAAAGAAAUUCACGCGAAGCUUUCCUACGGGCACUUGCUACUCUUUGUCCAGCAGUAAGGUAGAGGUGGAUGGAAAGACGAAUGAAACUGUUCGCAUUACAGUUAACGGAACGACUUCUGUAUAUUCUACUGUUGAUGGAAAGACAACUGUGACAGAUGACAAAGGAAAGCCACUUGCAGAUGGCGGUAUCUUCGGUGUUAAGGGAAUAGCUGAAAUCACUGCGGCGCCAUUCACUGAAGCUCUUCGGAAAAUACGGAAAGUGAUGAGAUCUUGA